CUUCCUCCGUCUUUGCUUCAGUGCUUCGUACAGGAAAUCUAAUGCUGUGUCAAGUUCCACAGAAGAGUUACUUCUCUUCCAAGUUACUAAUCAGGCUAAAACACAUAGAGUUGAAGGAAGGGACUGGGAGGGAAGGAGUGCCCCACAGCUGGUGGGUUAGGAGGAUGACUCCACUGCGAAGUUGACCAGAAGGAGCCUCGUCAUGCUCACAGCUGCAUCUGUACCUGCAUGGAAGGAAUAUAUGGAGUGAGAGGCAGAGAAAAAUAAAGCAGAAAUGCUCUACCCUUGGAGACCUUCUCACUUACGGCUCCUUUUCAUUUUGACUAUCUUCCUAGUGACUGUUUCAAGUGAUUUAUGUAUGCAUGGAAACCACACGAUGCAGAGCACUCCAACUCCUCCCACACAAGUCAACACCUCACUGCCCGUGCUGAUGGGUACAAAGGCUGUGCUCUGCUGCCUUCCUAUCCCAUUGACGAGUGUGUUGGUAACCACGUGGAAAAUAACCCUCAGACACAGGCCCAGCUGUACCAUGUCCUACAAGAAAGAUACAAAUGAGACCACAGCAACCAACUGUGCUGAUGAGAGAAUAAGCUGGGCCUCCAGACCUGACCAGGAUCCUAGACUUCAGAUUGACCCAGUGGCCCUCAGUCAUGAUGGGAAUUACAGCUGUGAAAUAGUCAGUCGUGAUGGGAAUUUUGAGCAUAGACAUCACCUCCAAGUGUUAGUUCCACCCGAAGUGAUCCUAUAUGUCCACAAGAACAGAACCGCCGAGUGCAAGGCUGUUGCAGGGAAGCCGGCUGCAAAUGUGUCUUGGUUCCCACCAGGGGACUGUCUCACUGGGCUGGACUCCUGGGCCAAUGGCACAGUGACAGUCUGGAGCACAUGCAACUGGCCAGACAGCAACGUGACUAUUGUGACCUGCUCUGUCUCGCAUUCUACUGGUGAAAAAAGUCUGUCCAAAAAACUGCCUCCUGCUGCUGAAGGAACAUCAAGAGACUAUUUUCUGCCUGUCAUCUGCCCUAUUAUUUCUUUGAUCGUCUUGGGUUUCAUUUGGUGUUUGAUCUGUGUCUUCAGAAAAUGCAAAUCAAAAAACCUGGAAGCUAUUCCUGAUGAAGAAGAGGUAAGAUCAGACUAAAAGACAAAAACCAAAGAAGACUAUUUUAUGAUUUAGCCACAUAGCUUGAAAAUUGUAAUUUGCAUCAAGGUUAGUGUUUCAGUUGAAAAAACUAGUCAAAGUCCUGUUUUAACUAUCUUAAUAGUUAGGUGAAGUUUUAAAUUAUCUAUCAAAUUCUACUUAUAGAGUAUUUUGGAACCACAUUUUCAUUUCUAGAACUGCGUUGUAAUUCAUAAAAUGUUUGCCUCAGUUGGGGAAACCUUGGAGAAACUGAAGUUAUGUUCCCUCUCUCAGGAAGUGAUCUCUAAUGUUUUACUUCUCUUUUACAGUACCAUCAUCAUUUCCCUCUUUUCCAAGCUUAAAACCUGUCUUGAUCCU